AAAGUCCGUUCAAUGAUUUCCGUACACCUUCUCCUCCAUACACUCAUGUUUAUUUUGUAAUCUUUAAAUUCGAAUGAAUCAAAGAAAAUCAAAAGAAAGAAAUAAAAAGGGUACAAAAUGAAAAAAAAAAGGGGUAAAAUCCAAGAAAAUGACUGGAAACCUUUAUACAAGUAUUUCCUAUAUAUGAAUCAACUAUACAACUAUGAAAAGUAAAUAACAAAUCUAUUACAAAAAAGCUCGCCUAAUUCCUUGGCGGUAAGACUCUGCUUUCAAUCACGAUUUCUUUCCAACAGACAACGAGUGUAGGGAUAUUAUUUCUCUUGAAGAAAAGUUGGAGGAUAUGUCAUUUGUAUGUGUUGAUAUCAUUGUCACCAAGGGCAUCUGUUGGUGUGGAAUGCAAAGAUGGGAGUUCAACAAAACCAAGUUUCAAGGCAGAAGUGAAAACAAAUAGCCAUGGACAAUUCAAGGUCCAACUGCCCUUCUCAGUGAGUAAACAUGUCAAGAAAAUUGAAGGAUGCUCCGUGAAACUAAUCAGCAGCAGUGAACCCUACUGUGCUGUGGCAUCAUCAGCUACUUCAUCUUCCCUACAUCUCAAGGCAAGAAAGCAAGGGACACACAUAUUCUCUGCUGGUUUCUUCACCUUCAAGCCUCCCAAGCAACCCAGCUUAUGCAACCGGAAACCCAGCAUUCAGAAUUCCAAAAAAUUAAUUCCCAGAAGUUCUCAUUCCCUCCUACUGAUGUGAUGGCGUUCCCAUCCCCCUCUCAGGUGGACCCCACAAUGCCCGAUCUCCCUCUCAUCCCAAACGAUCUCCCAGGACUCCCAGGACUACCAGGUCUCCCAGGUCUCCCAGGCCUCCCAGGCACAGGUCUUCCAGGCGUCCCAGUUACAGGUCUUCCUGGCCUCCCAGGUCUCCCAGGUCUCCCAGGACUCCCAGGCCUCCCAGGUCUCCCAGGACUUCCUGGAACUCCAGGUUUGCCCCAUGUUUGUGGAAAACCUUCAUGUGGGUCCUGCAACUGCAAAACUUCAAAGAAUGGGCAACUAGGUGAUAAUAAAGAAGUAACCCAUCUAGAUUCUCCACCAGCAGUUUCAGCACCAUGAUUCCCGUAAACGUGCCUCCUAUACCUGGUUCCUGUUGGGUUCCUAUCCUAUUGGGUGCUACCCGUUUAAGUAUAAUAAGCCCAUUAAGGUAUUCUGAGUUGUAGUUUCCUGAACUUCUAUGUAUUUAGGUCUCUUCCUACUCAUCUGAGAAUUAUGAAUGAAAUGUUGAAUGUUUUAGUGUUA